AAUGUCAAAGAUGGCUGCGCCCAGUGAACGCGAAACGUCUCGUUUCCUUUGACAAAACGGACGUUACAAAUUCACGCAUGUUUCAUUGACAGGUGGUAGGCCUACAGUACAGCUACAGGUUGAACGGAAGUCUUCAUCAGCUCAUUACAUAGCGGAAAUGGACAGCAUGUUCCAUCCUGCCUCCACUUUUUCCAUCAUAUACAUGUAUCUUCGCAGUAAAGGUCAGUCAAUACCCCCAGUCUGAGGGUUCAUCAUCUACCGUGCUCCUCGUGGGAGUGUAGCGAACGACAAACCCCAUAGUUCUGGAGAUCUCAUGAUUGUGUGCAUCAUUGGUGAUAUACACAGGACUUGAGGACAUCAUGGCAAGUGAAACACGGCAAGAUGGAAAGCCAAGUUCUAGCAGCAGAGUCUUGGCAGGAGCAGCACGGUCCGUGUCUUACAACAUGAUACUGCAGAUCAUGUUUCGUGUGACCACCUUUGUUCUGAAUGCUCUUAUGCUGAGGUACAUCUCAAAGGACAUGCUGGGAGUUGUCGCUGUCAGGUUACAGCUCCUGUAUUCCACUACUCUCUUCAUAGCAGGGGAGGCGUUCCGCCGAGCUUGCCUCAGCCAAGGUCAAUGCAAAGAGUGGGCCCUCACCAUCAACCUGCUCUGGUGCUCAUUCCCCUUAGGUAUCCUGUGUGGGGUCCUUCUCAGCUACGCUUGGAUGGCACUCCUCGAACAGCCUGACCCAGAAACUGUUGCCAACUACCCCUUCGGGGUGUGGGUGUACGCCAUCUCUGCUGUUUUGGAGCUAUCGGCGCAGCCCCUUCUGGUGCUAGGCCAGGCAAUGCUCUUUGUGAAACUGAAGGUUGUCGUUGAAGGCCUUGCCAUUGGUGGAAGGUCCAUGCUCGUCGCAGUAUUGGUGAUCUUCUUUCCCCAGUGGGGGAUCUAUGCAUUCUGCAUCAGUCAGUUGGGCUACACAGUUAUCUACGUUAGUUUAUACUAUACUUACUUCGUUUACUACAUUCUGAAGAAAGGAAGAAGGGAUGAGGACUUUCCAAUGAAAUCUGUUCGAGACCUAUUUCCUAAGCUACAUUUAAAGCAGUGGAUUAGCCCGGAGCAAGCUCAUCUUACACUGAGUUUCUUUAAGCAGGGUUUCCUCAAACAAAUUCUCACUGAAGGAGAACGUUACGUCAUGACAGUGUUUGACAUCCUCAGCUUCGGGGACCAGGGUAUCUAUGAUGUCAUCAACAAUCUGGGCUCCCUAGCUGCUCGAUUUAUCUUCCUGCCCAUUGAGGAUGGCAGCUACUUGUUCUUCACUCAGACGUUGGAGAGAGGAGUUCCGUUGGAGAAGCAGUCCAAGGAGUCCAUUACGUUGGCGUCAGACCUGCUCCAGUGUCUGCUGAAAUCUGUAGUUCUCAUCGGGAGCACCAUCCUGGUCUUUGGCCAAGCUUACUCCUAUCUGUUGCUGGAUAUUUAUGGUGGAUCACUUCUCAGCACUGGCUCAGGUCCAACAUUGUUGCGGUGGUUCUGUGUGUAUGUCUUACUGAUUGCCGUUAAUGGGACCACUGAGGCGUUUGUGUUUGCCGCUAUGAGCAAAAAUGAUGUUGACAAGUACAAUAACAAGAUGCUGCUUUUUUCCAUCAUUUUCCUGUCAUCGUCGUGGUUCCUGACUAAAACGUUUGGAAGCGUUGGUUUCAUUCUGGCCAACUGCCUCAACAUGACAGCCAGAAUAACACAUAGCAUCUACUUUACAGUCAACUACUACAGAGGCACAACAUUUCAGCCUUUACAAGGUCUGUUACCGUCCACACCGGUACUUUGCACAUACCUAGCAUCAUCGUUUAUUACUUACAUCUCAGAGAACAAUCUCUGUUGUGAUCAAGGCCUCAUCUACCGACUAGCACACAUAAUCAUUGGUGGAGUAUGCUUACUGGUGGUCCUUGCUACCAUUCUGCUUACAGAAAGAGAAUUGAUAAAUUUUGUUCUGAACCAGUGGAAAGGAAGAAAGGGGACUGGAAAGGAAAAGAAGGAAUCCUAAGGAAUACUUUUCUGUGGACCGUUGACGGAUUCAAAGUAUACCUCUCUUCGUUAUGCAGUGCUACUCUUUACGUCCACUGGAAGCCUAGAGAAUUUAAAGCAUAGCAAGUGCGUGAACUUAAAACAUAAUAAGCGGCUUUGUCCAAGCAAGCCUGGUUUCGUGUACCAAAGUUGUUAAAAAUACCUUUUCAUUUCUGUGCUACUGUAGCAUCCUCAGAAUGGUUUAAGUCAGUUGUUACGUAAAACCAACUGUUAAGGUGCUUGACAGCCAAGACAUGCUAAUGCUUUCAUAGAACAUGGAGAUCUGGGACUAGACCAGACUUGAAUAGCACCACGAGAAAGGACUUGUCCUACCACAAUGAUCAGUCUCAUAAUUUGUCUCCUUUCUUGCUCAUCGAUUGACCUCAUUAUUCAAAUUAUUUAUGGAAUGUGUCAGUUUCCAUAUGUUUGGGUUUAGAUAUUUAUAUCCUGUUCUUCAAGUGGUUCAGUUAAUCUAUUGGGUUAAGGAAUACCUCUCCGUUCUUGGUUCACCCUUUAAAAAAAUGGUUUUGUUAUUCAUUUAAUUAGUCAAGUUUCAAUCAUUGCUGAAAUUCCUUUUAGUAUGGAACAAGCUGCAUGUUUUGUCUCAUUCUGUGUAACAUUUGAUGGGUCCUUUAAGACUUAUGAACUUUGAUUGUUUACAUGUAAACAAUUUUCGCAUAGAGUAUAAUAUGUGCGACAGUCCAUAAUUGCCGUUAUCAGUAAUGUCAUUGUAUAAGAAAUUUUCUUCCCCAAAAAGAAAAGAUUUCAACCGUACAUGUAGGUGUAAUCCAUUUGUUGGCGUCAGUGCAAUGCAACCAGGCCUUGGAAACAUGAUUUACAAGGAUGUGGGAAAUAUUUUCAACAUGGUGGUCUCGGUGUUUGUAGUCUUUUACAAGUGUUUGGAAACUAAUCAAAAUAUAUUUUAUUGAAGUGGACAACCAAAAAUGUUAUUUAUGCAAAAUGGCAUUUGUAAUAAACCAUUUUAA